GAAUACCUAAUCUAUUCAAAACGGAAUUAAAUUAAAUUAUCAAUUCAAUAAAAUUCUUAAAUCAGCUUAAAAUCUAUUCAAAUAUAUUAACACAAAAAAAAAGCACACACAGAAAUUACGCGUUUAAUAAAUAUCAACCAACUAAAAUAUUUAAUAUAAUAAUAUGAACUAUUAAAUUUAAUCGAAAAAUGCUACCCAAUUAUUGUUGCGAGGCUUAAAGUUUGAAGGCCAAUUAAAUAAAAUACUUGGGAUUACGCCACGCGCAAACAAAUUGAGCACAGUUAAUACACCGAGUGCUUGUCCAUUUGGCAUGGUUUCAGAGGAGAAUUGGAACAGCGACACCAUGUCCGACUCGGACAUGAUCGACUCGAAGAACGAUGUGUGCGGCGGCGCGUCCAGCUCCAGCGGCAGCUCCAUAUCGCCACGCACGCCGCCGAACUGUGCGCGCUGUCGCAACCACGGGCUGAAGAUCACAUUGAAGGGCCACAAGCGGUACUGCAAGUACCGCUAUUGCACCUGCGACAAGUGCCGCCUGACCGCCGACAGGCAGCGCGUGAUGGCGCUGCAGACGGCGCUGCGGCGCGCCCAGGCGCAGGACGAGCAGCGCUCGCUGCACAUGCACGAGGUGCCGCCGCCGGCGGGCUCCACAGCGGCCCUGCUCAGUCAUCACGGGCAUCAUCAUCACGUGCAUGCGCACGCCCACAGCCACGCCCAUGUGCACCACGGGCAUGGCCAUCAUGCACACGUGUUGCACCACCAGCAGCAGGCCGCAGCGACGGCAGUGGCAGCUGCCCCGCCGCCCCAGCCGCAAUCGCAUCUGGGCGCUGCCCAUAACGGCUCGGCGGGCAGUCUGCAUGGCCACGCCCAUGCGCACGCCCAUGUGCAUCACGCUCACAUGGCAAGCACCGCUGUCGCCUCAGUGGUGCAACAGCAGCAGCAGCAGCACCACCAGCAGCAGCAGCAGCAACAGCAGCACCAGCACCACCACCACAGCAACCACCAGCAGCCACAGCCGCAGCCGCAUCAGGCAUCGCUCCGAUCUCCCUCACACAGCGAUCAUGGCGGCAGCGUGGGCGCAGCCACCAGCAGCUCCGGUGGCGCCAGCUCCAGCAAUGUGGCAGCUGCCUCAAGCAGCGGCACGGGUGGAGCAGGCGCCGGCAGUGGUGGCAUUAGCGUCAUAACCAGCGCUGACCAGCACAUGUCCACGGUGCCAACGCCCGCACAGUCCCUGGAGGGUUCCUGCGACUCAUCAUCGCCAUCGCCAUCGUCCACAUCGGGCAACGCCGUUCUGCCCAUCUCCGUGUCCAGCACACGCAAGAAUGUGCCACUGGGCCAGGAUGUUUUCCUAGACUAUUGUCAAAAGCUGUUGGAGAAGUUUCGUUAUCCCUGGGAGCUGAUGCCGCUCAUGUAUGUGAUAUUAAAAGAUGCUGGCGCAGAUAUUGAUGAGGCUUCACGUCGCAUCGAAGAGGCGCGUGUAGAAAUAAACCGAAUUGUAGCGCAAAUCUAUUACAACUACUACACACCCAUGGCCAUCGGCUUGCAUACGAGCGGAGCGCCCAUGUACCUGACCUACCCCAGCAUCGAGCGCUACGGCACACACUUUACGCACCUGCCGCUGACUCAAAUCCGACCGCCAACUCCGGAGCCGCUGUCCCUGAGCCGCACGCCACCCAGUCCGGCAGCUGAGACAGCGCUAGGCGCAUCCAAUCCUCACCAGAAACUAUCGCGUCCCGCCAGCAGCAAUGGCACCGCACAUUCAGCUGCCUCACCCACGCUGGUCACCACCGUGGCCACCAUCACGACGCCCGGCGGCCAUCAUCAUCAGCAGCAGCAGCGCUCGCGCUCCGGAACGCCCACCACACCGCCGCCGGCGCACAGCAGCAGCAACGGGAACAGCAAUGGCGCCUAUCAUCAUCAUCAUCAUCAUCAUCACGGCCAGCAUCUGGUCAGCUCAACGUCCGCCGCGGCCGUUGCAGCGGCUGCAGCAGCCACGUAGCAGUAUCGCCACGUUGCUGCCGCUGCUGCAGCAGCUGCAGCAGCUGUGCUCUUUGUCGAUAAUUAAAAAUCUGGCUGUCCUGGAGCUGGUCCACACAACUUACAAACUUCAAGCUCGACAACAGUUUCCCAGUGGCAUAGUUUAUAAAUAAUAGUAAUAAUAACAACAACAACAACAACAACAAUAAUAAUAUGCUAAUCCUACACACACAUUGUUUUCUCUUCGAACUAUGACAUAUGCAGACAUAUACUAGAGAAGUCCGUAAUACCCUGGAAAAGCAGGUGUUGCGCCUAAUGAAUAUUCAAAUUGAUCUCAACUUAAGUCUAAAGCAAAGGUAAUCAAUGACAAAAACUGUGCUGAUAAAAUUAUAACAAGAAAUAUACUUAGCGUAUGGUAUACAAAUAGUACAUAUACAUACAGUGAAAACUCUCUAGAGCGGACAGCCGAGGUACGUUAAGAAAAUGUUUAAAAAUAAAUAAUGAAAAGCAGCUGUUAAAAAAUCAUUUAAUUAUAUUGCAAACACAAAUUUCUGAAGUUUUUUUUAAAUUAUUCAAUAUUUUAAUGUUAAAAAUAAAUUUUAAUGGACAUUUAGGAAAUUUUCCAUUUUUUUAAGAUAUUAAUUUUUGUCGAAUGCUUCCAAGUUUUUACUCAGCCCUUCAACUUUUAGUUUCAUUUUUUUGCCAUUUAAUUUUUAGAGUAAAUAAAUAUUGGCAGGUGUCCGUUAGCAGAGCUUUCACUGUACUAUGCACACAUACAUAAUACUUUUCAUAAUAUUAAUAAGGAAGCGCAGGAAAAUACACACAGAUAUCUAGUCCUAAGCUGGCACCGCAUAGAGCACCAUUUAAAAGAAAACGAAAAACCUAUUCGAUAAACCUGUACAGCAUUUGGCUAAUUAGUAAACUGUUUUAACAAUAUGUAUGCGUAUAAUACUUAAUAUUUGAGAUUACGAAAGCUUGCAGCAAACCAAUUUUAAAUUAAACAAAUUAUGUAUGUCUUUUCUUUCCCCCCACCCUGCAAAACGUUACAUUUCCUUGGGCUGUGCGCUGUCAUGUGCAAAGAAAGCAGGCAGUUUUUUUUAAUAUUAUUAUUUUUUUUAAUUGACUGGGCAGUUGUGUAGGAAAAACUGGCUUCUACUUUAAGUAAUUUCUAGUUUUAAGCUAAGUUUUUAUAAAACAUGUAUGUACUUUAUUGUGUGUAUGUGUGUGUGUGUGUGUGUGUGUAGAAAAUGUGUGUGCAUGUGUGUUACUUAGAAUUGACAAGAACCAAAAACGUUAUGCUAUUCAAAUUGUAGUUGAAUUUCCAUUAUUUUUUUUUGCAUUUGCUUAAACAAUAAAACAAUUUCCUUUCAUCUAACAAGUAAAUCAAUUAAACAAUUAAACAUUAAACAUAAAACAUUAAAAUUUUAAAACACAUCAAAUUUGAUCGUAGCUAAGGCCUAAAUGCAAAACUAAAAUAGAAAUCAAAUGCUUCAAAAUAAAGUUUUCAAUUGAAUAAAGAAGUUUGUUUUGCUGUAAAUAAAAAUCUUAAAUGGCCUUUCUGUUUGCCCAAUGCUCAGCACUGCAGCCUAGAGAUUUUCGAAAUAUUUAGCGCCUACAUGCCAAAGAGACCCUUGAGAUCGUCGAUGGACAGCUUGGUGCUGACCUUGCCGGUCAGCACACCGUCGGCCAGCUCCAGUUUGCGAUCCUGCAGCGCCUUGAUGCGCUGCUCCACGGUGUCCAGGCAUACAAUCUUAUAUAUGAUGACAUCCUUUUUUUGGCCCACACGAUAUAUGCGAUCCUGCGCCUGUGCCUCCAACUGUGGAUUCCAGUGCAGA